UACUCCUUUUUCCGCUACCCAUGUAACGGUUCCCUUCUUUCCCUCCAAUGUCACAGCCGCGACCUUCUUCCUACCCCGCACUGAGUCCCGCCAAUUAACCCGAACAAAACACGUGGCAGCUUCCAGUAACUCGAUUACACUAUGCCAAUCCUACGCCCGGUGCAUUGGAUAAUUUUGAAGUAUCUGCACGGAAAUAUCAAUGGCGCUGGCGACAGCAAACUGCCAUUUCUCGAACCUCGUGCUUGGGCUGAGCACGGCUGUUGAUUCCGAAUUAGAUCCGUUCAAAUGGCGUUACCGUUCGACACUGCUGCAACGUCGUUGCGAGAUGAUCUAUUGAAGAGAGCUCGGAAACCUUACACCAUCACCAAGUGCAGAGAGAGCUGGACUGAGCCUGAGCACGAUAAGUUCCUCGAAGCUAUUCAACUAUUUGAUCGUGACUGGAAGAAGAUUGAGGCCUUUGUAGGGUCGAAGACCGUCAUUCAGAUACGAAGUCACGCUCAGAAGUACUUCCUGAAGGUUGAGAAGAGUGGGACAGGCGAACACUUACCUCCUCCACGACNGGCGUGUUGGACGAUGCACCGUCUUUAUCGGUCACAUCAUGACACUUAUCCAGCUCUCACAUGUCUCGAUAGGCACCACUUGCAUAUCGUGUUUCGAAUGACUACGCAUAGAGUCUCACAACCUACUAUUUUCUUAGUACAAUCGUGA